AUGUCACAAAAAUCAAUCACCAGCUUCUUUAAGGCAGUUCCUAGCAAGAGGAAGCUAGAAGAAGAGGAGGCUGACUCUCUUAAUAGCAGCAAGAAAAUUUUGAAAGACGCUAACGCUGCAUUUUCGAGUCAAAUUCAAGAUGAAAUUGAUCGUUUGGCUUUGAGCUUUCCUGCUUUGUCUCCAAACAUUGGCCAUUCUUGGUUCUCUGCUCUCAAAAGCCAAUUUUCUCAGCCAUACUUUAAAGAGCUUAGUGACUUCAUUGUGAUGGAACGUAAAAAGGCGACUGUUUACCCGCCUCAAACCGAAGUGUACAGCUGGACCCGUUAUUGCGAAAUUCAGCAGGUUAAAGUGAUAAUUCUGGGACAGGAUCCCUACCAUGGUCCAAAGCAGGCCCACGGAAUUAGCUUCAGCGUCUGUAAAGGGGUGCCAAAGCCUCCAAGUUUGGUGAACAUUUUCAAAGAGAUAAAAACCGAAUACCCAGAAUUCGUCAUUCCAAAUCACGGCGAACUCAUUGGAUGGGCUAAACAGGGCGUUCUCAUGCUCAACGCUUCUCUUACUGUUCGAGCUGGUCAAGCUAAUUCUCACGCAGAUAGAGGCUGGGACAAGUUGACUGAUGCAGUCAUUAAACACAUCAACGAUAACAGUGCCGGUCGAGUUUUUAUGCUCUGGGGCAAUUUCGCUCAGAAGAAAGGCGCUUUUAUCAACAUUAAGAAGCACCUGGUGCUCAAGUCAGUUCAUCCUAGUCCACUUUCGGCUUCUCGUGGAUUUUUUGGCUGUGAUCACUUCAAAAAGGCUAAUGAAUAUCUGCUCAAACACAACAACAGCCCAAUCGACUGGACCAAGUUGAACUAA